AUGAUCAUUGCCGUUUUUCUGCUGCCCACAACAGUGGCAGCACUUUGCCCCGAUACCGUCACCUGCAUCAAUCGAGUUCGGGAGAUUGUCGCUGCACCGAGGAAGUUUUGGUUUGGCGAACAGCGACGAUCACUAUGCCAGGGACGAAAUGCCGACCCAGUGGAAUGCUUCGGACCACCACAUCUGGGCACCUUCCAUUCUGUGGGCAGUCGUCUUUUCCGAGUCAGAACCUACCACGCCGCCUAUCUCAGGAAUCUUCGGAUUUUCCCCCGGGUGACCUUCCGAGCCCAUUCCGGUGAUUAUCGUGCAUGCGAUCACGACUUUCGAGCUGGAAACGGGAGCGUGCAGAUUGUCGAGGCAGACCCGGAUAUGCCUCCUGUAGCGCCCUAUUUUAUCCGUUCGAAGCCUGAAAUCACUUGGCAUGGGCUGCAGUAUGACGAAGAAUUUGUCAUAGCCAUCACUGAUGUCGGGUUUGGCUCACUCAAUUAUCUUCUGACGGGAUUUCCUCGUCAACCUAUGGUGCUACAUGACUAUGAACCAUCGGAGAACUUCCGUCCGGAACCGAAUCCGAUGGUGGUGGUUGUGUUUCGCAAACCGAAGACAUCAUCCCUCAAAAUUGGACGAGCAGAUGACUUUGAUAUCUCAAAGUUCAUGCUUGACAACGACCUUGCUGAUGAUUUGAUUGGCCUAUCGCUGAUUAUCGUCGGGAGCGAUGCGUUUGCCAUCGAACGACAACGACUCCGAGGAACAAUCGACAACUGUCACAGCCUUCUAAGAAACAAACUGCUCCGCCAUCCACCUGCUCCAUUGCUUAACCGUCUUCCACUGGAGGAACUGAAUUCCUGGCUGACUGUCUCUGUUAACUUGCCGCAACUUGACGUCAACGUUUGCUGCCAACAAGUUCGACAAAAGGCAGCUGCAGUCUUCUUCGAUCCCCUUGGAGCAGCUACUGUCUCGGCUUCUGCCAUGGUGAUUCCACCGUCAGUGAACUCUGCAAGGAUUCCUAUUCAAAGUCCAUCGUAUGUCAAUUAUCAUCGCCAAGCCAGGACACAUAUCGCCCUCAUGGACGAGUUGUACACUUUGGUGGCUGUGGAUGCAACAAGUUCAAUGCUCCAUUGGAUGAUCGUUGAUAUUCCUGCACAGGAACUUGCCUCAUCACCAAACGGGAUUACGAAAGCAAACUACCUACCGUUUGCUCCUGAACGACCGGCCAGCUGUUCACCUUUUGCACUGUUCCUCUUCUCACAACCGGCUACACUGAACAUGAUUCCCAUGUACUGUGAUGGUGUAUGUGACCUGCGAGCAAAGUUCAGGUAA